CAAUCAAUCAAUCCAUCUAUCGAUUAAUCGAUUAAUCGAAGGGAAGUAAAAAGAAAACAUCUCUUCAACUCUUGUCAAAUAUUCUACUUGCCAUGCUUAAUGGGUAAUACGAUAGCUCCAAGAUUGGAAAACGCUGAAAAAACUGGUGUUUUACAAGUGAGCAAUUUAAAAUUGAAAAAGAUUCCUGAAGAAGUGAAACGUCUUCGUAAUCUACGAAGUUUAGAUUUAUCAAAUAAUAAAAUUGAAGUGAUUGAUUCAUGGAUAUCUGUAUUGAAAGGUUUAAAAGUUUUAAAUCUUGAAAAUAAUAGAUUAAAAUAUCUUCCAGAACAGUUAUAUUUACUAACAAAAUUAGAAUCACUAAAUGUGAGUAAUAAUCUUCUAGUGAAUUUCAUCAAUCCAAGUGCUAUUGUCAAUCUUACGGAAUUAUCUUGUCUACGUACCGUGAAUCUAUCGAAUAAUUAUUUAACUGAAUUCCCUGUCGAAUUGUGUAUCUCAUCAAUACCAAUUAAUGUGAUUGAUCUUUCCAAUAAUAAAAUAACUAUAAUACCAAAUGCUAUAUCUGCUUUACAG